CGCAUCGAGCUUCCCGCAUAUACACAACUAAACGAUACUUCUCGCUCUUGAUGCCCAAAAUGACCACUUGACGACUUGCGUGACAAGCCCUGAGAGGCACGGCACUUGUAGUCCGUAGGAAAUGGGUGGAGCGGCUAGCAGGGAUUUCAUAGAAAACCAAAAAGCCAAGUCGACAAUCGCACAGGAGCUUGACGAGCUUGGUGGCUAUGAUCGGCCUGCGCUCGCCAAGAACCAGUCCUUCUCAGCUCGACUCGACUGGCUCGGGAAUCAAGUGGGCAAAGCAAGCAAUCAGAUCGAGGCCGCUUUAUCCAAGGAUGAGCAGGCUGGAAGGAAAGAGCUGGAAAAGGAGGCCAAGCGGCGUCAGCUUAUGGCCUUGCGGCGUGGUCAGGGCGACGUGCGGCUCAACCUGCAAUAUGCGGACUUCUUCUUGACGCACAAGCAGUUCGAGAGGCCUCCUGUCAGCGGCAGCGGCAAUUCCAUCCUCAAGCCGGGUGGCAGCCAGGGCAGCAUCACGCAUGGCUCGGCGCCUGGGCACGGGGUGCUGUUCAGCCCGGACACUGUGGACCACCAGGAUGCGCCGUCCAGCCCCAAAACGGAGGCGGCGAAAAGAAGUGCGGAAAAGGUGGCCACGCUCACCCGCGUGUACAGUGGGCGCCACUCGGGCGCGUCUUUCACCUCGCAAGGCACGGCAAACAGCGGCGGCAGUAGUGGGCCGGCGAGCGGCAGCCACGCAUUACCGGACAGCCACCCGGCACCGCCGCCCACAUCCGCGGGUAACAAGUGGCGCCAGACAGUGAUGCACGCAAAAAGGACGGCCUUCCUGGCUGUCAACACAGCAAAUGCGCUCAUGGGUGGCAAGCGGCGCGGCGGGCCGGGCCGCAUUGACAACUUCGCCAUCUAUGCGGAGCACCAGCUCGGCGAGAACAUGACGCGUUUCGCGGAGGAGAGCAACAAGGUGGCGGCGGCGCGGGAGAAGCUGCCACAAAUGAAGACUGAGCUGGAGCAGCUGCGGGAGCAGAUGCGGCAGCUGGCGCUUGAGCAGCAGAAGGCGAUGGAAGCGGGCGGCGACGACGAUGAUGAAGAGGUGGUCGAGCCGGAGGAGGACCCGGACACAGUGGCGGCCGAUGAGGCAGCGGCGGUGGCCGCGGCCGCUGCUAUGAACAUGCGGCAGCAGCGGCAGUCCCAGAACGGGCGGUUCUGGAACUACGGGAGUAAGGGCGACGGCACCUUUGGGCCGCCGCCGCCCGUCGCGAGGAAGCAGGCGAAGCUCAAGGACCACCCAGCCGCCUCGGGUCCCUCGAACUCGAGUUCAAAUGCCGCUGGGCCGGGCUCUGGCGCAUUCGCGCUGGCGCCUUCACCUCUUGGCGGGCCGCUUGGCUUGCCGGACAUGACUGGCGGGCCGCCGUCUGGGCGGCGCCGGGUCAGCACUGGCAGUCCGGGAACCCUCGUCACACAAAGCAUCAACGGCCCGGUGUCGUCGCUUUUAAGCAACGUGCACGGGCCGGGCCACGCCGGGACGAGCUUAGCGGGACCUCCGGGGCCAGGCGGACUGGGCAUCUUGGCGGGGCCGGGGCUAGGCCGCACGUCCGGCGCUCGUGCGUCUUGGUCAGGCAGCGGGCCGGAGUCGCUAGUUGCUGCGGCUGCCGCAGCGGCGGCUGCCACUGGGGCGGCCAGGGGAGCGGCGGAAGCGGGCAGCUUGUUGGGCCCGUUGGGGUCUGCGCCACUGGCGGGCCACUCGUCGGUGGGGCCUCUCAGGCCGCUGCGAGGGGGCGGCUUCGGCCUGUCGGCAAGGGUGUCGACUUCAGUACCCGGGUCGCGCUCACAGAGCGACCCCAACACAUCGCUGGGAGCGGCAGCCGCCGCGGCUGUGGCAGCAGCUACAGGUUCAGGCCGCCCAGCGUCCGGUGUGCGCGGGUCCAUGACGGCGCGCCCACCGUCGUCUCGGCCAGGGACUGUGGCGAACCGCUUGAGAGAGGCCAACCGACUGGACUCUCCGCGGAACUCGGGCGAGUACCGGUUGGGUACCAUGGCGGAACGUGUCAAGAGUAAAACGGGCGACCUGAAAAUGCGCAAGGCGGCUGCCAGGGUGGCGCUGCGGGAGCUGCGGGAUGAGGAGACGGCCAACGUGCUCAAGCAGCAGUCGCUGGUGCAGGCCAUCGAGGAGGCGCAGGGCAUCAUCUCUACCAGCAGCGGCCUGCUGCAGAUGUACUGCAACAGGGCGAACGGGCGCUGGGUGGAGGCGCAGGGCUGGGCGCUGCCGUACGUGCAUGAGAUGGUGAUGCCGGCGGUGCGGCGGCAGGUGGAACGGUACAAGGAGGUGGUCAUGAAGGACCUGCGCGCCGGCAAGCUGGCGGUGCAGAUCCACGUGGACGACGACGUGCUGCACUCCAGCCGCCUGGGCCCCGUGUCGCUGUGGGGCGCCGACCCAUGGGCGCUGCUGGCGCUGACGCACCCCGCGCGCACCGAGGCCACCGGGCACCUGGUGGGCCUGGGGCUGGGCGUGCGCCAGCUGCUGGCGCUGGCCACGGCGGUGGAGGCCAUGGCGGGGCACGAGGCGCUGAUGCGCUUCCCGGUCGUCAUCGCCUGCCACGAGGGCCAGGUGGACGCAGUGGUCAAGGACCUGUCAAGCAGGCGGCUGUGCAGGUUCCACCCGGACAACCUGAUUGUCAUCGUGCAGCAGCGCGCGCCCGGCCACACCUUUGACCGCGAGCGCCGCAGCUUUGUGGUGGCGCGCGAGGCGCCGCUGCGGCCCGCCGGCAGCGGCUACGCACUGCUGGCGUUGGGCUGGGCGGGCUCGGACGCGUUCCGGCUGGGCGGGCCGGACUUCACGGAGCGCCGGCCGCUGUCGCAGAGCUCGCUCGAUAUAUUCACCGAGCGGGGCGUGGAGUGGCUUUCGUCCUGGCGGCUGCGCGACCUGGUCCACUACUCGCCAGAGUCCUGCCUCAACAUCGACCAGCUGGCCUACAGCUAUGCGCUACAGGACAGCGUGGACGCCAACAUGACCAUGCAGGUGGAGCUGAUGGACGGCAUGCAGGGCGCAAGCCGCUGCGGCUCGGGCAUCGUGCUUGCGCUCAAGGAGCGCGCCAAGCCCACGGUGACGACCAGUGCGGCGCUCUCAUCCACGGUGGCGCUGCUGCGCCGGCCCGGCGGCGCGGGCGCCGCCGACAGCAACACCUCCCCAGCGACCUCGGGCAUCGGCACGCCGCACUCCAACGCCUCGCCGGCCAGCUCGGGCGGCGGCGCUGGCUCUGUGUACUCGGGCGGCUCGGGCGGCUCGGCUGCGUCGUCGCCCGCGGAGUCUGGGUCGUUCACCUCGCGAUUCAACCCCGGGUACCAGCCGCACGGGGCUUCGCCGCUGGGGCCCGGUGGCGGUGGUACAGCCGCGCCGCAAUCCAUGAUGUCACCCACGCCGCCGUCGAGCGCGGCCCCCAGUCGCGGGCUAGGGCAGCAGUCGCCGCACCGGAUGCAAUCGCACCGGCACCACAGCGGCAGCAACUCCGGCAGCGCGCCGUCGUCGCCCAAGCCCGCGUCUGCGCCGCCGGCCGUGUCGGGUUCUGGGGCCGCGCGGCGGACUCGGGCAGGUGGCAUUGGCACGGAAGGCGGACCGCUGGGUGCAUGCGACGUCAAGUGGUGCGACGUGCAGACGCCAGCGCUUGCGACCGGCCUGCAACAAUUGAUCGACCAGGCCACCAUCCAGACUGGCACGCAGCCUCGGCUUGCCAUCGCCAUCAAACGCUACGUCUUCCACGUGCCAUCCCUCAAGGGCAUGCUGACCAGCCCCUCCAUCUUCCGGCCGGCCGUGGUGGUGGGCGAGGGCGGCUUCUUGUACGUUACCUUCGACGCCUCAGACAUCACUGCCCUGCCCGGCGCCCGGUGCGUCUCAAUCUCCUACACGCCGCGCACCGGCGGCAGCAGCACAGACGCGCCCGCCGGCACGGCGCCGCCUGCGGCCGGCAGUCCGUCCACCAGCGGAGGCGGCGCGCCUCCUGCCGCCAGCGCGGCCGCUGGCAGCGCCAACGCCGCGGGCGGCGGCAAUGGAAACGCGCUUCCGCACCUCCUACCGCGCAAGUCCGCCAGCGGCAACACCCCUUCCGUGCCGUCCACUGGCGGCCUGCUCAUGCCCGGCAGCAACCCUGCCGUCGUGACAGUGGCGGCCGCCGCGGCGGCGGCGGCGCUACAGCGUGGGCGGCUGCUCACCAACGACGCCGACCUGGACACGUUGCUGUACGUUGUGGCGGAUCAGGACGCCUCGCCCUUGUUCCGUGCGUCUGUGUCUGCGACCAACACAGCCAAGUCGCGCGUGGUCGCGCACGCUCCGGGCGGCAUCGCCGCCGCUGGGCCCACGCCGGGGGGCGCGCGGGGCCUCAAGUUGCCGCCGCCGAAGAAUGUGAUCGUGGUGGCUGUGGCGGAUGAUGCGUCUUGUCCCCUAGCGGUGCGUGUGGCCAUGGGCGUGAUGAAGCCCGGCGCGGACUGCAUCCACCUGCUGGCCAUCGCCAAGGACGGCUCACACACGGUGAUGCAGACGCUCAAGGCGCUUACGGAGCGCUUCGAGACCAUGGCGUCCGUCACGCUCGGUGACGUCAAGAGCAUAGUGCAGGUGAAACGCAAGUCCAUUGUGGAGGACAUCUGCGCCUACGCUGAGUCGCAGAACGCCGUGCUGCUGAUCACCGGCAGCAUGAGCUUGGCGGCGCCGCAGGGCUCCUCCGUGGUGGGCAGCGUGGCGCUCAGCGUGGCGCGCGAGAGCGCCGUGCCCGUCAUCGUGGUCAAGCCCACGGCCCGCCUGGUGGAGUCGGCUUACGAGGUGGGCAAGAAGCCCUGCCUGCGCUGCCUGGUAGGCGCGGAGCCGUCGUCACGGCCGCUGGUGCGCUUCAUGGUGGGCAAGGUGAUGGACGGCGGCCGCGGCGACAAGCUGGUGCUGGUGCGCGGCAAGGCCUUUGACAAGGACAUGCAGGAGCUCACCAGCAGCCGGCGCAUCCUGGACCACCUGGUAGACGAGGCUGUGUCCAACCGGCGCUUCGACGCCUCGCUCAUUGUACGCCGCAUGGUGCCGGGCAGCUUCGACGCCGAGUACCCGCGCGUGGCGGACGCCGACCAGUGCCACAUCGUGGGCGUGCAGGUGCCGGAGGGUCGCGGCCCGCUGCCCGCCAGCGUCAUCGCCAUGCUGCGCUCCAGCCGGUCCGCCGUGCUGCUGUACCGGGCAACCAGUGGGGCGCCGGGGGUGGUGGCAGCUAACCGGUCCGCGCUGGAGCAGGCGGAGGCGGAGGCAGCGGCAGCGGAGGCAGCAGCCGGGAAGGGCGCCUCCGAGGGCGGCGAGGCGGCGGCCAAGUGAGAGCCAGUUGCGUGAUUGGCGGUCAGCCACCUUCCUGAUGCACUGACUUCAUAAUUACCGUGUGUGCGAACCCGUGUCCAUAUCAAUACGGAAGGACCGUGGGCGUGUUGUGCCCGGGCUCUAGGAACUUGUGGAGGCAUCAUUGACACCCGUAUGUAAUUCUCAUGCGGUCUGCGCACAGCCGACUGGGAUGCUGACGGUCCAGCGGAGGGGCUGUAGCACUGCAAUGUGGGAACCCAUGCCUCGCACAUGUAUAGCCGCGUGCCUGACCCCAAACGUACAGCGUGCCUGCACGCCUUUAAUGGAGCUGCCAUCGCGUUAAUGUGGCAGGCUGCGUCCAACAACCGACUUGACCGUGUGUCUCGAAGCGACAAGCGUGUGAUGUGUCUGUGCUUAUGUUCGCGAAGUCUUCCUUGCAUCCCUGCACGGCCUCGGGCUGCAACAUGCCGGGAGGUCAGCGCAUCUGGUUCUGAUGCAGCUGUUUGUUUGUGUUGUGUUGCGCGUGCAAUUUGACGCUCCUGGUGACGGCUGUCGGAAUGCUUCACGACGAGGGGGCAUGUUUGCGCGAUGCUGACCACGUGGGCAUUCGUGACCUUGGUGGAGUUUGGCGGGCUGUCCGGUUGCCUGAGGGUGCCAAUGCGGUGUGGGUUACUCGAUGAGACAAGGGGCGCAUAAUCUACUGCCGUAUGACAUACAGUUUCAACCUGUGCGCGCUGCUGUGGCGGCAAGGGGACAGCACUAUCGUACGUAUCCAUGACGCGCUGCAGGAGAGGGACGUGAGGUGGGCCGGCAGCAAGGCCUGCAGGUGCGUAACGUGCAUGGCAUGGCGAGUUCGAGCCGCGUAAAGCAGGCGGUGCACCCAAUUGUAAAGCUGGAGUAUG